UUGGUAAUCAAGCGAAAGCCGUAGCAGCACACAGUCUGAAUGGUGUCCAUAAUCAAAAAACCAUAAUAAUCCAACGGCAAACACUUGACAACGCUCAAACGACGUGCGACAGCCAGCGCGUGAAGUUGCAAGCUGUAACCGGCGCGUACAGCAUUUCGUUAGCCGUCAUAUGUAAAGUGCUAAAUAACGUCAAACCAACCGAUACGUAUCUCUCCACUAUGCAUAUAAAUGUUUAGUUCGAAUGCCACGCGUUAAAUAUAUGACAAUAUUUUCGAUUUGUUAUUAAACGCUGCUGAAACUUCGUCGGGUGAACGUGUCAAAGCUGAGCACUCCAUUGUCUUGCUUCUAAAGGUCCUGCUCGGUCCUCGAGUGCGAUGCAAAUGUGUGCGUUGAAUAACAAUCAUUUCGUUUAGUGCAAUAACAGUUGUCAGCCUUACACAACCAGUUGAAAACAAUAAGAAACUCCCAAAAAUAAAAACACACAAAAUUCAAGUUGAAUCAUCAGCAGCAAAAGCAGCAGCAAUUCAUAACAAUGGCAGAUCGUUUUCAGAUCUCAAAGGUUAAUGGCAGUGCCAAUGUCAAUGCCGCUUUCGACGCGGAACCCGGCUGCGCAGCCAAUGCGGAACAGCCAUCGAAUGGUCCAGCUACAAUUGGCGCUGAUGCCAGCGGCCACGCCCACGACAACCAUCUGCAGCCCAAAGCGGCAGAUGGCGGCGAAAAUCGUCGAACAUCGCGUUUAUCCUUCCGCGGCUUUGGCCAAUUUCUACGCAAAUCCGAUGCCGAGCGCAAGUUCAGUCUGGCGCAGCUAACAAAGGAAACGCUUCCGCGCUUGGAUAACUAUCGCAUCUCUAUGCGAAACUUGAAGCGCCCCUCAAUAGGCGAACUUCAAGGCGAGGCGGCAGAUCAGAGCAUUACCAUACCAGAUGCCGCAGAACCGGAACCAACUGGUGGUCAGAUCAAGCUGGGAUGGAUUGUCGGCGUCCUCAUACCAUGCCUACUCAACAUUUGGGGCGUUAUGCUCUUCUUGCGUCUCAGUUGGGUCGUCGCUGAGUCCGGCAUUAUGUGGUCGUUAAUAAUAAUCGCCAUCUCGACGGUGGUCUGCGUUAUUACGACGCUCUCCUUGUCGGCCAUUAGUACCAACGGUGAGGUGAAGGGCGGUGGCGUCUACUUCAUCAUAUCUCGCUCGCUUGGCCCCGAAUUUGGCGCCUCCGUCGGAAUUGUUUUUGCGUUCGCCAACGCGGUUUCAGCUUCGAUGAACACAAUUGGUUUCUGUGAAUCGCUAAAUGUGCUGCUGAAGAACAAUGACUUAAUCAUCGUCGACAAUGGCAUCAAUGACAUUCGAAUUGUGGGCUCCAUAACGGUUCUGGUAUUGAUCUUGAUCUGUUGUGUGGGCAUGGAAUGGGAGACCAAGGCACAGAAUUUCCUCAUCGUCACCAUUGUCCUGGCCAUAUUUAAUUUUCUGAUUGGCGCUGCGAUCGGACCGCGUGGCGAUGAGACACAGAUAUCCAAAGGAUUUGUAGGCUUUUCCUGGUCCACAUUCAAAGAGAACUUUGGCUCUGAAUAUCGCUACGCGGAGGGCGUUAACCACGACUUCUUCAGCGUCUUUGCCAUCUUCUUUCCUAGCGUGACUGGCAUUCAGGCGGGUGCCAACAUCUGUGGCGAUCUGAAGGAUGCUGGCGCUGCCAUACCGAAAGGCACCUUCUGGUCCCUACUCAUUUCGAUGACGUCCUAUGCAUUGUUUGUCCUGUUCGCGGGCGGUGCUGCAGUUCGCGAUGCCUCCGGCUUCCCCGAGGAUUUGGUGAACGGCACCAUUGUGCCAUCGGAGCUUCCCUGCAUGCAAACUGGCAACUGCAGCUGGGGUCUCUUCAACUCAUAUGAAAUGAUGCAGGAGAUGUCGCUCUGGGGACCGCUCAUCUACGCUGGCUGCUUUGCGGCGACGCUGAGCACAGCCCUGACAAAUCUCCUGUCGGUGCCGCGUCUGGUGCAGGCUUUGGGCAUAGAUCAGAUCUACCCGGGAUUGAUUUACUUCUCCAAGCCCUAUGGCAAACAUGGAGAGCCCUAUCGCGGCUAUGUGCUAACCUUCUUCAUCUCCACUGGCUUCCUGCUGAUUGGCGAGCUGAAUCUGAUCGCCCCGCUUAUCUCAACCUUCUAUCUGGCUUCCUACGCGCUCAUCAACUUCUGCACUUUCCACGCGGCCUUCGUCAAGCCCCUGGGCUGGCGUCCCACUUUCAAGUACUACAACGCAUGGAUUAGCUUAUUCGGAUUUGCGAUGUGCGUGGUAAUCAUGUUCCUUAUCAAUUAUGUGGCCGCCAUUAUCACCUUUGGCAUCAUCUUUGCCCUGUACUUGGUGGUUAUGUAUCGCAAACCGGAUGCCAACUGGGGCUCCACCACACAGGCACAGCAAUACAAAGCUGCUUUAAUGGCCGUGCAUCGGCUACAGAACGUCUCGGACCACGUCAAGAACUAUCAUCCCCAAGUGCUAGUGCUUUCCGGAGAUCCAAAGUCACGUCCGCCACUCGUCGACUUCGGCUUCCUGCUGACCAAGAACAACUCGCUGAUGUUUGUGGGCAACAUAAUACCGGUACGGAUUGGAUACAAGAAUCGCCUGAAUCUGCUCAAGGACGGACAGAAAUAUUUGGACGCGCGCAAAAUCAAAGCGUUUUACAAUGUCAUUGACGGCUUCAGCACCGAAGAUGGUAUCAAUGCCAUGAUCAAGUCCACAGGCUUUGGAAAAAUGGCACCCAACAUUGUGCUGGUGGGCUAUAAGCCUGACUGGAAUCGUUGCCGCAAGGAAGAGGUGGAAAGCUACUUUGCCAUAUUGCACAAUGCCUUCUCUCAGCGCAUGGGUGUGGCAGUGCUUCGCCUGCCCAAUGGCUUGGACUUCUCGGAGCUAACUCCGAAGGUAAUAAUACCAGACAACGGCCUGGGCCACUUGAAUACAGCCAAUGCACAAGGCUUUGCCAAUGAAAUGUUGACCGCCGCCAACGCAGCCUCGGAACUGCUGCAUAUUGAUUCGAACUUGAAUCUGGCCAACAUGGAUAGCGCCAGUCCGAACGCCUCGUACACGAUGCCACAGGAACCGCCCAAUAUGCAGCGCGGUUCCCGCAGCUACAAGAUCAACAAUACAGAUGCCGCCGCCGCGUCCAUUACCUACCACACCAAAGGUGGCUCCGAGGUGCCACAAACUAUACUGGACGCCAUGAACAUAUUUACACGAAAGCAGCCCAAGGGCACCAUUGAUGUCUUCUGGCUAUACGAUGACGGCGGUCUAACGAUUUUGCUGCCCUACAUCAUCUCAAUGCGCUCGCAUUGGCAGAACUGUAAGUUGCGCGUGUUUACCAUGUGUCAUGGCAAGGACGAGGAGCAGGAGGAGAAGAGCAUGGCCAGUUUGCUAACCAAAUUCCGUAUCAAAUACUCAGAGCUUAUUAUGCUCAAGGGCGUCCAGGAUCAGCCUCGUCAUGACACGAUGCUCAAGCACAAACGCCUCAUCGAACCUUUCCGUCGCAGCCCCCGCAACGAGUUCGGCAUCACUGACGACGAGCUGCACAGCAUGGCUGAGAAGACGCAACGCCAACUGCGCAUCCAUGAGCUAGUCGUGAAACACUCAUCGAACGCUUCACUGGUGGUCAUGUCCCUGCCAAUGCCGCGCAAGGAGGCGAUCUCAGCACCACUCUACAUGUCGUGGCUGGAAAUGCUAACGUCAGAUAUCAAAUGCCCAGUGGUACUGGCGCGCGGCAACCAGACGCCAGUGCUAACGCUCUACUCUUAAGGUUAAGUCAACGUUUCCAGUUCGAGUACAAUUUAGUAUUAUUAGCGUUUAGGCGUUCAAGUUCCGCGUAGCCAACCACAGAAUAUAUACUUUAUAUAUAAAACGAUGCAACUGCUACAAAAACCCCCCAAGAACCUUAAACAACUUGAUAGUCCCUAGAGCAUACGUCAUAGCAGCCAUAGCUUAUAAGUUGAUUACGAACUAUACUGUUUAUGUAUAUUGUAUAAAUAUAUAUAUAAUAAUUAAUAAUAAACACAACUACAAUUUGUGGUAUCUAAUC